AUGGUCGGCUUUGACAUGCGAGGUUUGACACCUGCUCCGGUGACACCGUUCACUGAAUCGGGUGACGUCGAUUACGAGGCCAUCCACCGUCUGGGUAGCUGGCUUGGGAGCAUCGACGGUGUGAAGGGCCUGGUCGUGCUAGGUCAUGCAGGAGAAGGAACCUUCCUGACACCCGAGGAGCAAGUAUCGGUGAUCAAAGCAUUCGUCCAGUCCGUCGACAAUAAGAUCCCCAUCAUUGCAGGAAUCACUGGAGAGGGCACCGAGGUGGCUGCCCUCGAAGCGAAGCGCGCAAAGGACGCUGGUGCGCAGGCUGGUCUUCUCUACCCAUCUCAUGGAUGGUUGCGCUUCGGAUACCAAGACGGCGCCCCCCAGGACCGCUAUCGCCGAGUUUACGAAGUCAGUGGGCUUCCUUUGAUCCUCUUCCAGUACCCAGACAACACCAAGGCCACAUACAGCCUGAAAACAAUGCUUGAUAUCUCAGCUCAGCCCGGGGUCUUUGCCAUGAAGAACGGCGUCCGCAAUAUGCGCCGCUGGGAUACAGAGAUUCCUGUGAUUCGCCGCGAGCGCCCCGAACUCCAGAUCUUGAGUUGUCACGACGAGUAUCUCUUGCAUACGUCAUUUGAUGUGGACGGUUUCCUUGUUGGCUAUGGCAAUAUCGCUCCGGAGCCACUGAUUGAGUUGAUCAAAGCUGGGAAGGCCAAGGAUUACAGGAAGGCUCGCGAAAUUCAUGAUCAGCUUCUGCCAGUCACGAAGAGUGUCUAUCACCGGGGAUCUCAUAUGGAGGGCACGGUCGCCCUCAAACACGCUCUGGUUGCUCGUGGUAUACUCAAGCAUGCAACCGUUCGAUCGCCUCUUUUGCCUCUUGAGCCAGGCGCAGAACAGGAGAUUCAUGCGGCCGUGAGUGCUGCCAGUCUAAGCAGAGUUGCAUAA